GGGCAUGCCAGGCUGCAGGGUGAGGACUGGGGAAACAGGCUCUAACCAGAGGGGUCACUGGAGGAGUGGAGCUCACGCAGGGGGCAGGGUGUCUGCCUGGGCGGCAGUGAGAGCUCGGAGGCUCAGCCGACCGAUGGGCUUAGAAACUUGAGCCCGUGAUCAGCUUAGGCAUCAGAGAUUUGGGCUUCCAGACCAUCUGCUUUAUCCAAAGACUGUCGGCUGCCCGGGGGCUGGGAGGCUCAAACACCAUCUUGUCCGGGCCGGGCAGAAGUGACUUAAAGAGCUCGCUCUUUCUUGGCAGGACCCGUCUCUCCAGGGUGGGAUGGCCCAGGAGCUCAGUGAGAAGGGGCUGUUAAGGAUGGAGGUGGAGCAGCUGAAGAAGGAAGUGAGGAACCCGAGAGCUCCGAUUUCCAAGACAGGAAAGGAAAUCAAGGAGUAUGUGGAGGCCCAAGCGGGAAACGACCCUCUUCUCAGAGGCAUCCCUGAAGACAAGAACCCCUUCAAGGAGAAAGGCGCUUGUAGGAUAAGCUGAUGGUGCCUGGGCCCGUCACCCUGACUGGCCCGUCUCGGCCGAGCUCCUCGCCCAGAGCCAGCUGCCCCGGGACACCCAGCGAGUCAGUGAAUCCCGCCCCCCCUUCUCUUGGUCCCGGAAUGAGUAAAGCUAUCUGGCUGCGUGUGUUGCGGAUCCAUCUCUCAACCCCAUUUUCAAGUCUUUUCUGCCAUUAUUUCCUCUGCCUGCUGAAUCUCUGCUGACCCCACUGGGAAACACUGACCCCAUGCGUGGUGCGGUCUGCAGAGCCGAUGAUACCCUGAGACCCCAGGGCACAGGCCUGAGGAGACAUUUACUCCGCCUUGGGACCUCUCCCAUUCUCCCCUCCACGCCCUUCCUAGGGUCCAGCACUCUCCUCAGAGUGGUUCGGAUGGAAGACGGGAGAGACGGGAGGUCCUUUUCCCAUCUCAUGUCCACUCUGGUGGCCCUCCUCCGAGUCGUUUAGAUCGCCCUGGGUGGCCUGCUAACCAAGAGACUAUGAUUUCAUGAUUUGUUUCAUAUGAUUGGGGGUCUGUCGGGCCCCGGGCCUCAGGGAUAGUAGAGCGAGCGGGACUAACGUGGCACCUCUCUUCGAAGGAUUUAGCAGAGAAGACAGGGAACAAAGAGUUUACAGUUAGGCCCUGGACGGGUGGCUCCUGGCUUGGAGUGUCGCCCGCCACCCCAUGUACCAAACGGUUGACGGCUCAGUCCCCGGUGAGGGCUUGCGCUCAGUUUGCAGGUUUGAUCCCCCACGGCGGGUGCAGACGGAAGGCAACCGAUGGAUGUUUCUCUUUCUCCCCUCCUCUCUCUCUGAAGAAUCGAUAAGCAUAUCCUCGGGUGACGAUUAAAAAAGUAGCAUUUACAGUUAAAUCAUUAAGUGUUGCCAUGGGGAAAGGAAAGUCAAGGGUGGUGCAGACACACACAGCAGGCAGACAGACAUCCAGAGAACCACACGAGGGGGCCCGAGCGGUGGCAGGCCAGUGGGGGAGGGGGAACAACGGGAAGUGGUUAAACGUGAGGUUGGAGAGGGAGGCUGGGUCAAGCGUUGAAGGACUGGGCCAGGAGAUCGGGUAAGAACUUUCUCUCCACCCUUAGGGCAAUGCAAAGCCUAGGAAGACAGUUAAGUAGUGGAGAGACAGGCUUUGCUGAGCAGAAGGGCGGCUGGAUCCCCGGAAGGGCUGGGGGUCGGAUGCAGGAGAGAGCGAUGACUGUCUAAGAGAGCCACAGACACGCGCUCACGGGACAGCACGGUCAGAGCAACGGCGGAGGGGUCAGUGCGGGUUGUGAUGGGGACCCGCAGGAGGGCCUCCCGGUCCAGCCGAAUGGGUGUGUUGCACCCUGGGAGAGGACUGACAGGGAAGGCUUCUAGAAGGAGGUGAUGUCCUGAGCGGAGUCCUAAACAGUUAGCUUGUGGAUGGAUGGCAAGUCGGGUUGAAGGUAGAGUAGAAUCCGAGGCAUAAAUGUG